AUGAUCACUGCUCAGGCUGUACUUUAUAGUCAACACGGUGAACCCAAAGAUGUGUUGUUUACGCAAAAUUUUGAGAUCGACGACGAGAACUUAACUCCGAACCAAGUUGUGGUGAAAACGUUGGCGUCACCAGUUAACCCGUCGGAUAUUAACCAAAUCCAAGGUGUUUACCCAUCGAAGCCAGAAAAGACUACUGCAUUUGGAACAUCCGAGCCAGCAGCACCAUGUGGGAACGAAGGGUUAUUUGAAGUUCUUAAGGUUGGAGACAAUGUCAAGGGGCUUGAAGCUGGCGAUUGGGUUAUUCCCGCCAAUGUGAAUUUUGGUACUUGGAGAACGCAUGCUUUAGGAGAAGAACAAGACUUUAUUCAAUUGCCCAAUCCCACUCAAUCCAAAGCCAAUGGCAAACCGCAAGGGUUAUCGCUCAACCAAGGAGCAACAAUUUCCGUCAACCCGAUGACCGCGUACCUUAUGUUAACCCAUUACGUCAAGUUGAGCCCAGGGAAGGAUUGGUUUAUUCAAAAUGGAGGGAACUCGGCUGUGGGUAAGUACGCUUCGCAGAUUGGGAAGUUGUUGAAUUUCAAUUCCAUCUCGGUUAUUAGAGAUAGACCUAAUCUUGAAGAGGUUGUCGAAGAGUUGAAAGAAUUAGGUGCUACACAGGUGAUUACUGAAGAGCAAAACAAUUCCAAAGAGUUUGGCCCUACUAUCAAAGGCUGGAUAAAAGAGUCUGGUGGUGAAGCCAAAUUGGCACUCAAUUGUGUUGGUGGGAAAAGUUCUACUGGUAUUGCCAGAAAAUUGAACAAUAACGGGUUGAUGUUGACUUAUGGUGGGAUGUCAUUCCAGCCAGUAACCAUUCCUACGUCAUUACACAUUUUCAAGAACUUUACUAGUGCUGGGUUCUGGGUGACUGAGUUGUUGAAACACAAUAGGGAAUUGAAGUUGAAGACAUUGAAUCAAAUCAUUGAAUGGUACGAGUCUGGUGAAUUAAAAGAUGCGAAAUCGACCGAGACGAGAUUUGAUGGUAGCAAGGAAUUGCAUGAGUUGUAUAAAGAUGGGGUAGCCAAUUCUAAAUCGGGUAAACAAUUGAUCACAUACUAG